AUGCAGGCCUGGGGCCCUAUCUACCUUCUGCUGAUCCUACAAUUUGUCACAUCUGGCUACCAGAAGAAAGAACUACCACGAAAAUGCAAAUUACCGCCAAAGAAAGGAAAAUGCAAAAAAUCAUUGGAAAGGGUUUACUAUGAUCCCGAGGAAAAAACAUGUCUGAAAUUCACUUAUGGAGGCUGUGGUGGCAACAGAAAUAAUUUUGCCACUAUACAGGAUUGUUUUUACGAAUGUAAAAAAUUUGUAUUUCUGCCUCACAAAUGCAAAUUACCACCCAAAAAGGGAAGAUGUAACGAAGACUUCGAGAAUUUCUACUAUGAUCAUAACAGCAAUAUGUGUAAGACCUUCAUCUUUGGAGGUUGUGGUGGCAAUAAAAAUAACUUCGUAAAUCUGCUGGAUUGCUAUUAUACGUGUAAAAGAUUUGAAACACCGAGGAAUUGCAAAUUAUGGCCCAGGAAAGGAAAAUGCAAGGGUAAAAUUCCUCGCUAUUAUUAUGAUGCCUUCAACAAGAGAUGCCGAUUGUUUACUUACGGUGGCUGUGGAGGAAAUGCAAACAAUUUUCAGACCUUCGACCAAUGCAACAAGGCCUGUGAUGCGUUUGGAGAUACUGUGAAACCUUUGUCUCCAGAAGCCAUGCUAGAUACGUGUGACCAACCAUUAGAUGUUGGACCAUGCAAAGAAAACUUUACUCGUUUUUACUACGAUCGCACGACCAAGAUUUGUAAACCAUUCAAGUUUGGUGGCUGCAACGGCAACAGAAACAACUUUUUGAAUCAGGAAGAUUGCAUGCAGGAGUGUAAACCG